UAAUACAAUGUUCAACUACUUAAUACAUUGGCUUACACUAGGUUGUGCCUUUAGAUACAUUAAUUACUAAAUAAUAAUUUUUCACUUCUGUCAUCGACUUCUCAAACCCCGGUCUUGUCUGCUUGGUCUGUUUUGCAAGAGUUCCCAGAAGUCUGGGGAUGUUGCGCCUCUGGGUUUAGAAACUCUUUGCGAGUCCUAACCGCGUCCCACCGAGGCAUUACUAUGGCGACGAGAGUGUUUGGUGGAUGUUCUGUAGGUGAAACAACAGCCCUGUUUUUAAUGGAGAAGUGAUGGAAGUGGCACACACUGCAUCAGAGACAUUCACAGACAGUCAAAGGAAGAAGACCCCUCUUCCACUGUGCCGACUGGUGGAGGACAGAAAAAGAAGUCCCUCUAAUGUCCCUCAUCACCUACUAGAGACCCAAACCUAUACCAAACUCAAGAGCAACAGUGCAAUCGAAGCAGAACCCUCAGCACUUCACUUCAGUGGGUUUAAACUGGGGAAGGACUAUCACAGGAGCCUGAAAUUGAUCAACAUAUCAUCUGAAGUGAUCAACAUUCACAUUAUCCCCACCCAAACAAAGCAUUUCAAAACAAAAUAUUUAAAAAAGCAUCGUCUUGUCCCUGGACUGUCCUACACAGUGAAGGUACACUUCUGUCCUGACGAAUGGCGCUACUUCUACGACUGUAUUCGGAUCCAUUGCAAGGGGGAAGAGAACUUACAGGUUCCAGUCCAUGCCUAUCCCAUCAUCGAUGACUUGCACAUCCCAACACACAUCACCAUACCAGCUGUCCCGCUGGGCCAAAGUGUCAGCCAUGUGAUCCCUCUGAGCUGCAGCUGUCCCAUUGACUUUGAGUUCCAAGUGCACAUCAUCCAGCCACACAAGGCCUUCUCUGUCCAGCCCCUGUCAGGAGUGAUUCCAGCCAAUGGGAAGGUGGAGGUGACCGUCACAUUCAGGCCGUUCAAGUAUGACACGUCCCAGGUCACUCUACAGGUGGUCAUCUCCCAGUUCAACUCCAAACCCUACGUCUGCACCCUCAGCGGGUCCUCCUCGCCCCACCUGGCACUCAG